AUGUUACAAACACAAGUCACGAGCCGAGCGGUUUUAUUUGGUUUGGCGCUGAUAAUCGGCAACGUCAUUGGGCCGACUGAACAAAGUCUGGGUCAAGGUCAGCAGCGUGGUCAGCAGAAAGAGCGUCAGUUGGUGAGUCCACAACAGCAGCAGCUGUCGCAGUCACAGCAGCAGCAACAACAGAACAAUGACCUAAAUUUGGCCAGGCAGCAGCUGAGAAUUUUGCAUGCCGCCAAGUCCAAGGAGAUGCUAAAGUUUAUGAAUUUGGAAGAGGAGCCAUGCCAUGAUUUCUAUGAAUACACCUGUGGCAGAUGGUACCAGGGACAAAAUGCCUCGAUACGCCAGGACAACUGGGCAGUGUCGGAUGUCAUGGAACAUCAGUUGCUGAUGCAGAUACAAAAUAUUCUAAAUGGCCCAAGACUUUCGACAGAAUUCGAUGACUCGGCGGCCAAACAUUUCUACAGAGCUUGUAGCCAGGCCCAGGCCUCCUCGGCCGAAGAGAGGGAUUUUAUAAAGAAAUUUGUGGAGUACCAUGGGGGAUUGCCCUAUGUCAAGGAUAGUCAGUGGCAGGAGAAACAGUACAGCUGGAUUGAUGUAAUCGGCCAGUUGAAGCAUCGUUACAAUUUGGAUAUACUCAUAACCCUGACUAUACCUCGGACCACAGUGGGCCGGGCCAUACCCACACCGAUUCUGGAGGAACCCCAGAGGACAGUAUUGCCAAAGAAUUUGUGUAGCUACAUGACUGCCACAGAGGCCAGCGAUGAAACUUUCACGGGAUUGCAAAUGGAAAUUCGAGACAAUCUCCGAUCCUGGUUGGAUGUGGAGGAGACGGAUGCCAUACGCCUGGCCGGCGAUAUACAACGCUUCGAAUUUGAGCUAUGCAAAUAUAUGAAAAAGCGGCAGCUGUUGGAUUUACCCAAUGGGGGUAUGAACAGGACGCGGGCCCGCUACAAUGUGCCGGUGCCGAAUAGCUUCCAUGGCGUCAUGCAAAAUCUCAACAACAAUCCACAAUCGGUAAGCUUUUUGGAGAAUAAAUAUGGCCUGGAAUUCCAGCGUUUCGUGCAAAUCAGUUUGGGCAAGGGCCAUUCGAUACCGCGGGAAUUCUAUUUGCGCGAUGAGGAGUAUUUUCAACACCUGAAUACCAUAGCUCGAAAGGGCCUGACCGCCUCCUUUGCCUAUUACAUUAUGUACCGGGCAUUGUCCGAAAUCACCCUGCCCCGUGACAAGGCACCGCGAAGCAAUGAACGCAACUUGUACUGUACCCGCCAGACCUUGCAGUUUUUCCCCCACGUCCUGGGCGGUAUCUAUCAGAGUAAAUAUCGCAAGGAUGCCGUGCUCAAUGACUUGCGUGAAAUUUUCCAAUACAUUCGAGAGGCCUUUGCCCAAAGCGUAGAGACCAACACCCGAUGGCUGCACGAUAGCUUUCGCAAGGACAUUAAGCUGCGCACCCUCUCCUGGAAGAUCAAGGAGCCAGAGUUCCACUAUCACAACGAUGUGGUUAAUGAUUUGAAACUAAUCAAUGGACCGGGAAGCUAUUGGAAAUCCCUGGAUCUGCUAAUGGAACGUAGUGCCCAGCAGUAUUUGCAACAAUUAAGUGGUUAUCACAGCAUCAUCAAGCAACCGCUGGAGGAGGGGGUAUUUACCUAUGCCACAAAUGCCGAAAUUCGUUUGCAGUUCAGUUGGUCUCUGCUACAGGCGCCCAUGUAUUCCCUGCACUAUCCCAAGUCCCUGAAAUACUCCUCCCUCGGCUAUCUAAUGGCCCGGGAAAUGAUACGACACUAUGAUCAGCAGGGUUGGCAUGAUUCCCCACCGCCCCUGGUCAAUGGCUGGAAUUAUGAUAUUCACGAGGCGUUCAAUAAAAUCAAGGAAUGUUUUCGCGUACAGGCUAGCAACUACCUCUACAAUGCGCCCAAUGUGUAUCGUAACGGCAGCCAGUUGAGAGAUUUUAUGUUGGACACCAGUGCUGCCAACAUUUCCUUUGCCGCCUACAUAAAAUGGCUGGAGGAUCAGGAGGCCACGAGUGAAGAUUUAAAAUAUGAAACUCUACCCGGCAUGGACUUCAGCAAUACCCAAUUAUUUUUUAUUAACUAUGGCCAGGUUCAUUGUUCAGCAGGUGGUGGAAGUAGUAAAAAUGCUGCAGCCACACCGAAUUAUUUCCCCUUGGCCCGUCACACCGUGGAGCGUUUAAUUAUCAAUGGACCCCUGAGUAAUGGCUAUGAAUUUGGUCGAGAUUUUAAUUGUCAUAUCGGUUCGCACAUGAAUGUGGCCGAUAAGUGUUGGGCUUUUUAA